AUGUCGCAACCAACCCUCACCGCAGACUAUACUUCCCCAGAGAGUGAACCUUUCAAGGUCUCGCACACACUACCCGCUAUUUCUUCUACGGCGUCUACGACCGACAAGGCGUCAUAUCUCAAGGCUCUUCGAGCAUCUAUCGCUGAUACACAGUCCACAAUCAACCAAGAGCUCACAGCACGAAUGGAGCAGGAUAAAGCAAGAGACGCAGCAGCUGAAGCAAAGGAGGAGGAAAACUACGGUGAAGAGGUGGUGGAAGAGGAGGACUGA